AUGACCCUCUAUAUAGAGCCAUAUGGCUCCUGUUACUGUUGUGUCAUCUACCACGUCACUCGGUGUCGAUUCUUUUCUAAUUCAUCUUCUAUCUUAGCAACUGAAAUGAUUCUAUCCAAAUACCCGUGGUUGGUCCAAAACGAAAUACUUCAAAACAUGGAACCUUCUGAAUUGUUACUACUUUCUUUGGUUUCCAAAAAUAUGAAAAAAUUGAUCAAAUCGUGUCAGAAGAAAAGAUUGGAAAGUGUCAAUACAAUUGUGUAUUCCACUGAUGUAAAUAAUUAUUUAUGUGCGUAUAUUCUCCGCGAAUCACAUAAAUUUAUGCAUAAAGACAUUCUAAUGAGAUUUGAAGAGUUCCAGGAGACGGAAACUCCAGAUUUCCAGUUGAACGUAUCUGGAAAGAAAAUCGAUUUUCGAUUAUUCACAAGAGAGCGUAAUAAAGAAUUAUGGUUACCCGAAAACUUUCAUCCAUAUCCGGUGGCAUGUGUUCAAAAGUCAGACAAAGAAUCAAUACUCGAAUCAGUCCAUAAUUAUUUUCUUGAUUUCUUUGCGCAUUCUGUGAAGUAUUAUUGGAAAGCAAAAGAGUUUGAAGACGGACCAUAUCAUAUACCUAAGCAACUGCUAAACAGCUAUCCGAAAAAGGAUGUAUUCUGA